AUCAGGGUAUAAAAUACCCAUCUAAUGUGACCUUGCAGACAUUUAUUGAUCCUUCCUGCAAGUAAAUCUGCUCUGCUGAUACCCUCCCUGCUUCUCCAAACUGCCUAAAGGAAAUCAAUCUCCUCUAUACUCUCACAAGGACACUGGCUUUCCAAAGGAUGAAGUCAACUGCUUGCUUCAUGCUCACCUUCAUUCUCCUUCUCCAGCUGAUAAUCUCAGGGAGUAAUCAAUGUUCCUUAGAAUCAGUUGUGGAUAAAAAGGUCAUGGAAAUUCUCAAUAAUCUAGAGAUCAACUCAUCACCAAAAAGAGAGAUGUCAUGUACCAGUGUCACCAACUCAGGAAAACUGUCCACUUGCCCAGCAGGAACUGUUGUCACUGGCUGUGCUUGUGGUUAUGGCUGUGGUUCCUGGGAUGUCCAGUCAGGAAACACAUGCCACUGCCAGUGUAGUGGAAUGGACUGGACCACUGCCCGAUGCUGCCGCCUGACCUAAACAAGUUGAAAAUGAGAUUCCCUGCUUCCCCAGAGACCCACCCUACUGGGGAAAGAGAGAGGCAGACUGGGAGUAUGGAUCAACCUGUCAAUGCCCAUGUUUAGCGGGGAAGCAAUUACAGAAGCCAGACUUUCCACCUUCUGCAACCCACAACGACCCUGGGUCCAUGCUCCCAGAGGGAUAGAUAAUGGGAAAGCUAUUGGGAAGGGGAUGGGAUAUGGAGAUUGGAUGGCAGGAAUACCCCUCUAUCCUAUGAUUUUGUUAAUGUCUCCUUUCUUAAAUAAAUAAAAGAAAUAAAAGAAAUAAAGCACAAUGGUUAAAUAUUAAAAAAAAAAUGAGAUCCCAGCUGUCUGAUCAUGACAGCAAUGAAACCAUAACCUCAAACAGGAAACCCAAUUCCAACUUUCCUCAU